UUUCAUGAAGGACAAAACCAUUUGUGAAACUUCAAGGUCUAGUUCCCGCAUGCCAGCCUCCUAUCAAAAAGCUACAAAGAAUGCAACAGAAAUGAAUGAGCAGAAAGUGAUCUAUGUAGACCUGAAAUUUCAAACUCCUUCCAAGCACCAGAAGAAAAAGACACCUAAGAACACCAGGGACAAAGAUUCUUCUGCUCUGGCUCCUGCAUGGAGGCUCAUAGCAGGGAUUUUGGGGAUCUUCUGCUUGGCUUUGCUCAUAGCAGUGGGGGUCUUGGCUGUGAAUGUUUUUCAGAUCUCACUUGUACCAUGUAGACAGCAAGAUAACCACACCCAGCACUGGGAAAUUAUCCAAGGUAAGAAUGGAAAACUGCCAAUGGCUUUAAACAGGAAAGAUACAGGGUGGAAGUUUCUUUGUCCAGAAAAUUGGUUUCCCCAUGGAGAGAAAUGUUACCACUUUUCUACAGAAUCCAAACCUUGGCUGGAAAGUCGAAAAGCCUGCUCUUCUCAUGGCUCCAGACUCCUCCUGAUAGAAAACAAAGAAGAGCUGGAUUUCAUAAGCCCUCUCGCAACUUUUAGCUGGAUAGGAUUAUCACGUGAUAAGACCGACAGACCCUGGAUGUGGGUGAAUGGCACAGCUUUCUCCACCGACCAGUUUGCAGUAAAGAAAGGAUACAUUGAUGGUAAUUGUGCACGUGUCACAGGUGGAGAGCUCUCCUCUGGUCCAUGCAAAGAUGAAAACCGCUAUAUUUGUGAGCAGCUGUUUUUUUUGCCAAAGCCUGACAUAUCGGCAUCAGAUGGAUAA